GCCCACGCGGCGACCAACCAUAGAUUAAAAGUUAAAGUGGGAGAAAAACGACAAAAAAAUCAAAAAACGAAAAAAAAAAAAAAAAAAUUCUUGCAAAGUUCAUUGCAUUCGCUUCUCCCCUGACCAUAGAAAUUCCGAUCACCGGAUAUAUGGCCCGGUGGACGGAGCUUUGAACCAAUAAAACCAUCGUGUAUCCUUUAAAACCACGGAAAACCCUACCUGCUUGGGGGUUUGGAUGGAUUCCCUGGAGGUUUCCUCCGCCGACACCGAGAAGAAGGGAUUCCCCUUUUUGUUACUGCGGUUUUCUCUGGCCAUUCUCUUUCCUCUCAUUAGUUUCUUCGCCCUCUCGUUCCUGUUCUUAUUUACGACGAUUUUCGUGGCGAAUUCAUCGGUUAGCAGCCCAAUUUCCGUGCCUUCCCAGUGCAAGAUAGUCUCCAGCAGUGUGGAUCUUAGGUCCUCUAAGGUCUGUGAACUUGGACUGUUCAAUUAUAAAGCCAAGCAUGUGUUUUACCCCCUCGAAAGGAAGUUUCGAUGCCGUUAUGAUUACUAUUGGGCUUCAGUAUUCAAGGUGGAAUACAAAGAUCAUUCUUUAGGUCAGACACGAUUGGCAUCGGCGGAAGCUCCAGAUGAAGCCCUUCCUCUUAAUUGUAGGCCUAAUUUUGGUGCUGCAUGGUUGACCAAAGAUAAAUUCAAGGUGAAUAAAACUUAUGACUGCUGGUACACAUCUGGGAUAUCCCAAGUGAGCUUAUAUCAGUAUGGUUUUUUUAAUUGCCAAGCAAAAGAUCCAUCUACAAUUGAGAUGGUUAGGCGAUAUUCCAUCUUCGACAUUGACAACCCGAGUAAGAUGCAUUCGUAUAAACAAACUUGUUUCCACGUUGGGGGUCUAUACUUGUUAAUGGGGUUUAAUGCUUGUCAGUGGUAUGUAUUAUCCUUUUAAUAACAUUUGUAACCUUUUUCUGCUAAUACGAGUAUAUAAUCUUCCCUACCCUAUUAAACUUUAUGUUGAUAAAUCCGUAGUUCUAGAAAUCCAUUUCAGAUAAUUGUAUUGGAAUUAGGAUGAUUUUGUGACAAAAGACCCAACAAAAGGCAGUCUCAGACAUAACAUUUUUUCCUUUUUUUAAAUGUGUAUGAUUGUGUGCUUUUGGUGGCACGAAUCUGUUAUAGGUGUCCAAGAUAGUGCAUCAAAAUCUUCUCUUUGCACCUCAGACAUGCCGAGUAUUUUAGAGAUUUAGCUAUCUUUACUAGAAUAUGCUACAGUAUACAAUCACCUGACGACAUAAACCGUCAAGAGCUUGAUGCUUGGCAGUGUCUUGCUUUAUUUGAUACCAUCGAAGCUUGGUGUAUCCUGGUGCAUGCUGCUGAAGUUACAAAAUAGGAUCAAAAUCGGGGUUAGUGUUUUCGAGGUAAAACACCCAGAAUCACAUUCUUUUAUUUUUUAUUUUUCAUUAGAAUAGGCACAGCUCAAGUAAAACAGCAAAGGAAAUACCUACUACACUCUAGAAAGCAGGAAACUAAGACAGAAACAGAUUCAGUACAUUAGCAUCAUUCCUUACAAAGAUCUUAGCCCACAAACUCAAAGUAGAA